CUAGUUUGCGUUUAGUGACCCUGCACCACGCUUGAAUUAAUGGAAUGCGGCUAAUUCUAAUAUGGAGAGGACUAGUUACAAAAUAUAUUUCAGACAAAUACGUAAAUAUAAUUUAAUUUUUGCCGCGUGACAUUCCACAUUCCGUACAAAACAUUGAAAAGUGUAUAAACUUAGCAAUUGCCGAACGUGAUUGGCUUAACUUUGAAAUUAGCUUUGAGAAACUAUCGUCAGAGGGACUCGAAACAUGCCCAUCACGGAAAGUACGUCAAGCAAAGUUCCUUUUUGUUAGUGUUGACAAUGAAGUCUUGUUUUAGAAGACUGUGAAUUAUGAACUUACGUCCGUAAAUUGUUAAUUCGUGUGACGGUAUGAACGAAAUUACGAUGUGCAUAAGUGGUAUUACUUACGAAGAACAUUUAAAUACGUGUGACGGCCGAUUCAACGGCUCAGGUGUUUGUAAGGUGUUUGUGCUGCUUCUGCUGCGCGAUGCCUCGACUUUGUGAAAAGUGGUGUGAGCUGCUGCUAGGCUCCUGUGAGGGCAGGGCAGGAUGAGCUCAGUGGAUCGGCCUGACUACCAUGUGGGAGGUGACCACAGCUUCAGCCACAACUCUCCACGACCACCUGUUCCUGGCGGGGAGACGGAGGAGGUGGAAGGCUUGCAGUCGCCCACCCCAGGACCAGGAUACUCAUCAUGGAGUGCCUCUCGAUACAGCAAGGGGGGCAGCUCACCUGUGUUUACACCCCGCCGAUCCAGUCUUGCCUGCAACACUACUACUGGUGGCAAUAUAGCAGGAGAUGGCAGUGCUCCCCUUGGAUUCGAACCCGAAGGCAGUUGCCAAGGAGGUGGCACUUUUGUCGAGGGUUCAUCACCUCCAUCGUAUCUGCGUUGGGCCAGCAAUCUCCAUAGCUUGCUUGAUGAUCCUGAUGGUGUUGAACUUUUCCGUCGAUACUUGGAGCAGGAAGGUGAAUCACAUGUGGACACACUCACAUUUUGGUUUGCAUGUGAAGGUCUCAAAAAGCAACAAGACCCAGAGAGAGUCAAUCAACUCGUCAAAGUUAUUUACAGGCGAUUCUUCCACAAGACUCAGUUGGCUAUACCAGAUGAACUUCGUAAAGAAGUCAAUCGUCGCAUCAAAGAAGGGAAGGAACUUCUGGAAGGAGAUAUUUAUGAUGAUGUGCAACAGGAAGUAGAGAGACUUAUUAAUGAAACUACAUACCCUAACUUCCUGAGAUCAGACAUUUAUUUACAGCAUGUGCGUGGCAUGCAGAAUGGAGGUGAGCUUUCAUCCUCAUCAGGUUCAGGUUCCUCCAGUGGUAGUGGUGGGUGCUCAAGUGGUGGAAGUUCUGGUGGGGGUGGGGCGUGUAGAGCGGAGGCUACAGCAGGUGGUCCCCUGCCAACACUUCACGAAGACUCUGAACUGGUUGUACCUGGUGGGGAGGCUGCACUGCCUCUUACCAAGGACAUGCUUAUUGCCACACAAAAACGACGGGCUUUGGAGUUGCGGCCCAAGCCUGAAGCGUAUGCUGGGCUGUACCUGCAGCAGCAUGCUCACCAUCACCCUCCUCAUCAUAUCCCACCUCACCUUGCAUAUUCAUCCUACAAUCCUGUAUCUCGGCAAGAUAGUGAGUUGCAGUCUCUGAGUUCGGAUGCUCGCACAGAAAGUGACAACAUGUCUCUCACGGACAGUUCUGUUGAUGGAAUGUCAGUUGGUCGUGCUCGUUCAUCCAAGAAGCAAUAUAUUCGCCACUGCAAGCAGAUCAAGGAGAGUGCUAGCAUUAAUCGGGACCCUUACAUGCAUUACACAGUUAUACCUCGAACACAGCGAAUCUUGAAGGAGCAGGUUUAUCCAAUGAAUCCAGAUGAUUUCGCUGCCAUAUUGAUUGAGAAACUCGAGGCUGUGAAGCGGGAACAGGAUGCCCAAGAAAAACUUGACAGAAAACUACAAGAAGGUGAUUUUGCUGUCAGAUGUGAUGACAUGUUCACUGGGGAUGUUCCAUUAGCAAGAGCAGGUGGUGAACCUUUAAGAGAGAAGUUACCCUCAUUUGCAACCUCUAGGGCAAUAGCUGACACCUUACAAGAUAAACUUCAGCUUGAUGACGAUAGUGAUCAGGCAAUUCUUGAUCAGCAUGUGUUAAGAGUAUGGUCUGAUUCAACACCAUCACGGACUCCUGGUCUGGUGUCACCGCGUCCUCAUUCUCCUGAAGGGAGAAGACGUGCACCUACUGCAGGACAACUUGCACCUGUAAAAGGUGCACUUGGAGCAUCUGUUCCUGGGUAUGUUCAUGGAAUACCCCACCCUUACCAGAGUCAUACACGGGCUUCAUAUAGUCAGCGGCACCCACGCAAAGAGAAGGAUGUGUUUUCCACAUUUUCGUCUGACUCUGGCAACGUUCAUGACUUCCAGGAAGGUUCAGAGUACAAACAUCAUAUGCCUAAGAGCAAAUCAAUGCCAGAUUACCAGGAAGCACAAAAGCAGGAGGUUUUCACUGUUAGUGGACACGAUGCCAGGUUCCGUCAGAGUAGAGAUCCCUGUCGCAGGUCUAGUAGUAAGAAGACCCUUACAGAUCUGACAGAUAGUGGAGUAAGUGUUGUGUCAGAUACAAUACCAAUUGCUGUUCCUAGUACUCAGUGCAAAGACAGCAGGGUGCUGUCAUGGUUGAUGGAGAGUGAAAAGCAAGUAUCCAGCGUGUCACAUACGCAUAGUGAACGUGAGGCUCUUUCUUCAAAACAUCGUUUAAGAACAAGUGCAACAAGUGCCACAUCACCAAUCGCCAGUCGGCAUAGUCGUAAACCAGUUCAGAUGGUGUUCAGUGAAUCGAGAUCUGGGUCACUGGAACGAACGGGUCCUGCACAGCCAUUUGUUGCUGAUCCAUGUAUGCCGCCCCUCUCGCUACCUCACACUGCAACUCAGUUGGAAGAGGCACGUCGUCGCUUAGAAGAAGAAGCACGUGCAAAGGCCGGCCGCCAAAGGUUUUCACAAUCCUCAAAAACACAUGGUCCUCAGGAUGCUUAUUCCCUCUCAGCUCAGUCAACACUACGUAAGAGUGGUCGUGGGCAACGUUCCAGUGGUCCAACGACAGGUGCAGAAGCAGAAUAUACAACUGUGGUAUUCUCUUUCUGUGAAGAGCAGUUUCCUUACAGGACCAAGAUCCCUGGACGGCAGAUAACACUCCGUCAGUUUAAAGAGUACCUUCCAAAAAAAGGCAGCUACAGGUAUUUCUUUAAGACGGAGUGUGAAGAUCUGGACAUGAAAGUCAUUCAGGAGGAAAUCAUGGAUGAUAAUGACAUCCUUCCAUUGUGGGAAGGGAAAGUGAUGGCUCAGGUGAAGCCAGUAGAGUGAGCCAUGUGACAAAUUAAGGCAUGGAAGGCUGUUUUUCUCUGUGUUUUGGGGAUUUUUAUCAUCAUCACGUGUAUACAUUGCUGUCAUUCAUUUGACUUGCAGCCAUCAGGUUACUGACUUAUACAUAUUAUGUGAUCUCAUCUUCCUUUGUUUUAACAAUAUGUUGCAGUGUGUAUCAUUUGUACCAUAAGUGAAAUACCAAAUAGUACAAUAUUACUUUUGAUUCAGACAUGAGCCUUCAUUGCCUUAAUAUUGGCCCAUUGUCCUUUGUGUUCCAUGUGGACUUAUCGUGUGAAGCUUGUGCCUUGUCAUUAAGUACUUUAUGUAUAAAAAAGAAGUUAGUGUUCCUGUAAUAAUAUGAGCUAAAAAAUAAUUUUUGAAAAUUAUGGAUUGCAAAGAGACAGUUGUGAUGUCUAGUGUUUUGUUGAUGCUUUGAAUGUGUGCUUAUUUUAUGGUGUACCAGAUGGAAAGGCCAUUGUGUCCCAAGAACAUUUUAUGAAUGGCCAUAUUGAAGAGUGUGUAAACAUGUACUGGGACAUUAGUCUCUCUUAACUUCGUUUUGGCUGACUGGCAGCUUCUGUUUGAAGAAAAGCACACAAAUUAAGAAUGUUGUGUGAAACGUUGUAAUUAUUUCUAUAUCAUAUAGGUAUAAGAAUUUAAAAUACCUCAUACUGUU